GGUUCAGUCAAUGGAGGUAAGACGGAUUAUAGGGUCCGCCUUCCACCGCUCCGCUGAUCGUGUCUCAUCACAAGGCGCAGGAACACCGUCAGAUAACACAUGCAUAUUUGAUGGAUAGGCGACAGAUGAAAUAUACCUCAGUGGCUUCAACCCGGCAAAGGUAUUUUCAGAAUGAAGUGACGCUCCCGGGUCAGUGAUAGAGACAAUGAUGGUUGGACGGAAAGAAGAAAGCAGUUACACUCCCAAAGACAAGCGGCGUCAUCUAUCGGUCAUCAGGGAAGAUUCUGAUGGAGAUGAACAUUCGGCGAAUACUACGGAAACUACCGAAGAUCACCGACGAAGUGUCGAUCACUCUUCAGCUUUGUCGAAGUUGAAAGAGACAACGGCGAGGCUGAAGCUGACAACGCGCAGAGCCAGUAUACUUGCCUGGCAGGCUGAACACAUCGAGAAACCCAAGUUUCCACCAAAAGAAGUUCUACUAAAUGAAAACGACGGAAAGUUGACUGACGACAGAAAGAAGCGAAUCGACGACGCCCUGGAGUGGCUACGUAACGAGCUGGAGGAGAUGCGCGCGCAGGAUCAAACGCUUGCGAGACAGUUCCUGACCAUCAAACAAGACAUUGCGCAGCUGAAGUUGCGCAGAAGCUGUGAGGAGCAUCAGGAAAUGUUAGAAGAUGUUCAGUCAGAGCUCGAGGAGAUUGACGAGAUGUCGGAUGUCCUUGACCUUCCCAUAUCGACUCUGAGUGACACUCCUUUGAAACAACUCGGCAUCACAAGGAUGAACAUGUCACGCCGGAGGUUCUCUAUGUGUUGAUGGACUGCUGCAUGUGGCUACGUGUGUACAAACUGACGACUCGGGUUCUAUUCUCCACGUGGGUACAGUGUAACAUAGCGGCGCGAUGUUGCUGCAGCAGAGGUUAGACUAGCGGCCAGGAAUAUCCACCCACUCCCAAAACACGUAGACUGGACACUGACAUGUCAGGGGGGAUAUCACAUGUAAACCAGUGUGCACAUCGUAACUCAUAGUUUGCAUCAAAGACUAUCAGAGAUCAUGUUCGCCUUGACGUUGACUCAAUGCUACAUAGUUGAAGGUAGUUUGCGCUGUGAGAACAGACUGGCUUGUAUGCUUUCGUCCAAUCA